GGAGGAAGUACAGAAGUUUGAGAACGUAUAUGAUUCCGCUCCAGACAGACGAACGGACAGCAGAGUCAUCACGAGCUGUGCUGGAUUAAGAGGUUUUCGAUUAUAAUAUCAGAUAACCCGUUUCAAGUGUAUUUUAAUGCUAACAGAAGAUAAAGGGCUGAUUUGGAAUGGAAUGGAUCUGCCAGAAGAGAUCCUUGCACAUAUUUUUUCCUUCCUGCCUUUACAGGACAAAUGCAAUGCAUUUACUGUUUGUAAGGCUUGGUCUAAUAUCAUGACACAUCCAAGCUCAUGGAAAGAUACUGAAGUCAGGUGUGAGUCAGGAACCAGUGUCCCUGACAGAUAUUCUGCUCUUCUGCCACUGGUCAGAAAUUUGAAACUGAGAAUGUGUCUGACCGAUCCAGCCAAUCGCAAAACAGCACUGUGGGUGCUGCGGCAGGCAGUUGCCAGGGGUGACGGGAGGAUGGAAGGACUUUCCAUCUGUUGUGAGGGGAACACACCUCUCUUUUAUGCUGGUCAGGACCUGCAGCAAGGCUUAGUGGACAUACUGACGAACGGGUCGUCCCUAACCGUGCUUGACCUAAAGGGUGUACCCUUCACCCUCAGCGACUCCUUCGUCAGGAGUGUAGCCAUGCUUUGUCCUGCUCUGCAAAGUCUUUACAUCAACAAUCACUCUCUGGUGUGUGGCGUCAACGCUGAAACGCUAAGGCAAGUGCUGAAAUGCUGCCAGUCGCUCAGCGUUCUUGGAGUUUUCCAGGCCAGUCUCUCACAAGACGUCUUUAAAGAUCUCAUGUUUCCAGAACGACCAGCACUAAAGAAACUAGAGCUCCGUUGCGAACGUUCGCUCAAAUACACCGUGCCUCUCUGUGACCAGAUAUGGCUAGAGUUAAAACUGAGACACCCACGUCUCUGGGUGGAACUUGAGCUGGACCACACCCUUCCCGAAUUGCACGUUCCAGGGGUACUGCAGCCCAGCAUCCCUGUCCGAUGUCUUCGGCUGCUCACUUGGACUUUGCUGUUGGAUGAGGUUCGGAUAGUCAGGCAAAGUUAUGCAAACACGCUAGAGGUUCUGGAGCUGCAGACAAUCCCGUCUCCUGAACUUAACUCUGAGCUGAUAGCUUUAGCAAAGCAGUGCGUCAAGCUCCAAGAGGUUCACUGUUAUUGUGUGGUCUCGCAAGAAGUAAUAACAGCGUUCUUCACGAACUGUCCAAAUCUCUGCAGAUUCACACUCAAAACACAUAAAGAGCCUCACCCAUGGACCUCCACUAAACUAAAGUAAUGCUCUCGCACUAUUUUAUGUCUAAAGAAAUGCAUACAGGUUGCAUAUAUGUAUAUAUAUAUAAAUUUUUUUUUUUUUUUCACUGAUGUUUUCACUGACUUGAUUUGGUGUUUAAGACUUGUUAUAGAUCUGUGGUAUAACACAAUUGGCUUCAAAUGAACACAGAUGUCAUUAUUCAUAUGUUAAUUAAUAACAUUUAUUGACAUCAGAGCACAACUGCUCUUUUAACAAUCAAUGAUUACAUUUCAUUCCAAAAAUCACACUUAACACUGAAAUUUUGUAGUUGGGAGUAAAUCCUUGCACAUUAAAAAAUAAAAGUUCAAACUUA